AUGGCUUCCGGCAGCUGCGCUUGUAAUUACAUCGGCUACACGGCCUCCACUCCCCCAACCUGCCUGGUAAACUGCCACUGCACAACCUGCCGCAAACAAGCCGGCGCACCCUAUCAAACCUGGGCAUUCUUUGCGACUGACGAUAUCCGAUGGCAUGUCAGUCCCACAGAGCGACAGGCAACCCAGGCCGCUACGCGUACCUUCUGUCCCAAAUGCGGUUCGACUCUCAGUAUGCUCCUGCAUCGUGAUCCGAAGAGUAUCGGAAUCGCUGCGGGGACCCUCGACGAGGAGAAGACAAAGAUCCCGCUGCCAAGCCAUCAUAUCUUUCUUAGUGAGAAGGCGUCUUGGUUUGAAUUACCUGAGGGGGAUGGGACGAAGAAGUGGGAUAAGUGGGGGGAAUAUGAGAAGUUGUAG